AUGCCACUAUCAGCUUCCUUCGACGUAAUUGGGACAUGUUUCGACUUCGGCGUGCCCAUCGCCGCCAUCCACGAGCGUCUGGGCCCCAAGCUAUCCACCGCGCAGUGUGACCCGAAAACGCUGUUCUUCGCGUGGUUCUACGCAGCGCAGCGCGACUUCACCUACGUCUCGAUGGCUGGAUCCUACAAGCCAAUUGCCGAAGUGCUGCGGCUGACGUUCAAGCGCGCGUGUCUGGUUGUCGAUCUGCCGGCGGAUGCUGUGAGCGAGGAAGAUGUGGCGUAUGUCAUGAAAGCGUUCAAGAGCAUGAAGCCGCGCGAGGGGUUGAAGAAGUGCUUUGAUGGCUUGAGAGAAGCGGGGUGGGAUGUCUACGGUGUGACGAAUGGCGGUGUGGAGACGUCGCUUGCGUACUAUCGCAGUGCGAGUAUCGAGCUGGACGAGAAGCAUUUGCUGUCUUGCGACGACCUGAAAGUUGCGAAGCCGGAUGUCAGAGUAUAUGAGCGUGCGCAGGACCAUUUGACGAAGCAAGGCUUGGGCGAGAAGGAGGAUGGUAAGAGGUGGUUUGUGGCAGCGCACGCGUGGGACCUUAUUUCUGCGAGAGCUGCGGGCUUCAAAACGGCAUAUCUUGACUUCGAGGAGCAUGACCCCGUGACGGAGAUCUUUGGCGAGUUUGAUAUAUAUGCAGGGAGUAUGGACGAACUAUUGCGGAAACUGAAAGGCGUGGCAUGA